GAAGAUAAGGAUUUAAAGCCUCGCCAUUCAUUUCCCUCCUUCCACUUCCCCACUUUAUCGUCAACACCCAUUCCCAGUUGCACCAUAAAGACUCCGUUUUUGCAAUUUCUUGUGUUUCUGAACUUCAGGGACCCAACUUUCUGUGAAAAUUUUUAUUGGCCCUUUGAAGCUUCCUAGGUAACACAAUAUGAACAGAUUUUGAUAUAUAUAUACUAAGUUCUACAAUUUAAGCCAACAUGAAUUCUGUAAUCCCAUGCUCCGUCGGCAAUGUUUCGCUAGUUCCUGGAAUUGCCUUUUCGACAAGGAAGAGUAAUUCUUCAACCAGGCUCAGUUUGCCGAGGAGUUCCGUAAAACAAGGAUCAUCAACUUGGAGAUAUCGCUUACCCUCAUUUGUUGCCAGUGGAGUAUUUUCACAUAACACAAGGAGAUGCAGUUUUCAUAAAAAAUCAAGAACUUCCAUAUCAGCCACGGAAACAGAUGUAGUAGUAGAGGAACCAGGUUCAACUGUGACGGAUGAAGUUUCUGAUGGAACUCCUCCUGAUGAAGUUGGAACAACUGAAGAUUCAUCUUCUAAGACUGAUGCUAAUCCUGCUUCAGCUAAAUCCAGACGUUCAAGACCCCCAAGGAAAAGUGAGAUGCCUCCGGUAAAGAAUGAGGAUUUAAUUCCCGGGGCAACUUUUACCGGGAAAGUAAAAUCUAUCCAGCCAUUUGGUGCCUUUGUUGAUUUUGGGGCUUUCACAGAUGGGCUUGUUCAUGUUUCUAUGUUAAGUGAUAGCUUCGUUAAGGAUGUUAAUAGUGUUGUUUCUUUAGGACAAGAAGUGAAGGUGAAGCUUGUUGAAGUGAACUCCGAAACUCAGCGUAUUUCUCUCUCUAUGCGUGAAAAUGUUGCCCCUAGUAAGCAACGUAAAGAUACACCAACUAAUACUACCAAUAAACCUGAACCUGGGAAGAGGAGCACUCCAAAACCAAGUCAGAAGAGAGAUGCUGCGAGGAAAAGCACAAAAUUCGUCAAAGGGCAGGAUUUGCAAGGUACAGUGAAGAAUUUGACAAGGAGUGGUGCUUUUAUAUCUCUUCCUGAAGGGGAGGAAGGAUUUCUACCCAUAUCGGAGGAAUUGGAUGAAAUUGGGAGUGCUAUGGGAACCACAUCACUGGAGGUUGGUCAAGAAGUCGACGUACGUGUUUUGCGUACAAAUAGAGGACAAGUAACAUUGACUAUGAAGAAAGAGGAAGAUGUUAUAGAGUCAGACUCACUUAUUGGCCAAGGGGUUACACACACUGCAACAAAUCCUUUUGCUUUGGCCUUUCGUAAGAAUAAGGAUAUUGCUGCAUUUUUGGAUGAGAGGGACAAAAGUCAAAAUGAAGUUGAGGAACCAGAAACUAAAAGCAUUCCACAAGAAAUCGAGGGAGCUGUCGAGCAGGGGGAAACUGUGUCAGAUGUUUCUGAUGUGCAGGUUGAACCAGAAAGUGCAGGUAAGUUGACAGAAGAUGUUCCUGCUGCAGAAAAGCUUGCUGAAGAUGAUGUUUCUGAAAGUGAGAAAGACGUAGAAGCCAGUGCACAGGCUGGUUCCUCAACAGCUGUUGUGGAUGACGAAAGCAAUGUCUCAAUCCCAACUUCAGGUAUAGAUGUUACCACUGAGACGGAAACAGAGGUGGCUUCCGAAAGUUUGGCUAAUGCUGCAGAAAAGCUUGCUGAAGAUGAUGUUUCUGAAAGUGAGAAAGACGUAGAAGCCAGUGCACAGGCUGUUGUGGAUGACGAAAGCAAUGUCUCAAUCCCAACUUCAGGUAUAGAUGUUACCACUGAGACGGAAACAGAGGUGGCUUCCGAAAGUUUGGCUACUGCUGAGAAUCUAUCUAACACAAAUACAGUUAUCGAUGAAGCUAUCCAGGCAGAUGACACAGAAAGCAAUGUAAAAGAUGACUCGUCCGUUGACAUUGUUAAUGAGAACAUUGUAGAAAGUGGAGUUGAUCUUGCAGAAGAGGAAAAAGAAUCACAAAGUUCUAAUGAAAAGGAAGAAGUUGCUGCUUCAGCAUCAACCGUCAGUGAUGUAUCAAGUGCACCAGUUUUCCAAGAAAGUUCAGAUGGAACAGAAGAAAGUGAUCAAAUUCCUUCUCCUGAAAGUCCUGCCACUGAGGUUGUGGAAAACCUCAUUGAUGAACCUAAAGAAGAUGUGCAAGAGCAAAUCUCUGCCACAGAGAAUGGAACUGUUCCCGAGAACAAAGACGUUGAUACUGUUUUGAUUGGACAAAAUGGCGAGUUGUCUCCUGAGGACAGCUCGAAUACAGAUGGAACUGAAGAAAAAGAUCAAGUUCCCUCUCCUGAAAGUCCUGUCACUGAAGUUGUGAAGGCUUCCAUCGAUGCAGAAGUUGAAGAUAAAGAAGUUGCAAUCGCAUCUGAGCAAAGCAGCACCUUUUCUAAUUCUAAUGGACAAGAUGGCACUAAUGCUUCAGAUCAAACCUCAACUAAAGCAACUAUAUCUCCGGCACUUGUAAAGCAACUUCGAGAAGAAACAGGAGCUGGAAUGAUGGACUGCAAAAAGGCUCUUUCCGAGACUGGAGGGGACAUUAUUAAAGCACAAGAGUAUCUUCGAAAGAAGGGGUUAUCAAGCGCAGAAAAGAAAGCAAGCAGAGUAACCGCCGAAGGAAGAAUAGGCUCUUACAUUCAUGACAGCCGAAUUGGUAUCUUGGUAGAGGUAAACUGUGAGACCGAUUUUGUCUCCCGAGGCGAAAUUUUCAAAGAGCUGGUUGAUGACAUAGCCAUGCAAGUAGCCGCGUGUCCUCAAGUUGAGUAUCUUGUCACCGAAGAUGUUCCUGAGGAAAUUGUGAACAAAGAAAAAGAGAUAGAAAUGCAGAAAGAUGAUCUCUUGUCAAGACCAGAGCAGAUAAGAUUGAAGAUUGUUGAAGGGCGUAUAAGAAAAAGACUUGAGGAGCUGUCAUUGCUUGAGCAGCCCUACAUUAAAAAUGAUAAACUUGUAGUAAAGGACUGGAUCAAGCAGACUAUUGCAACUAUUGGUGAAAAUAUCAAAGUUAAGAGGUUUGUGAGGUUCAACCUCGGAGAGGGUUUGAAGAAGAAAAGCCAGGAUUUUGCUGCCGAAGUAGCUGCACAAACUGCGGCAAAAGAAGCUCCUACACCAGCCAAAGAGCAACCAGCUGCCGUGGAAGCCAAGGAGACUGAACAAAAGCAAUCAACAGUUGCAGUCUCUGCUGCAUUGGUCAAGCAACUAAGGGAGGAAACUGGAGCAGGAAUGAUGGACUGCAAGAAAGCUCUUGCCGAAACCGGAGGGGACCUUGAAAAGGCCCAAGAAUACCUCAGGAAGAAGGGUCUCUCAACAGCCGACAAGAAAUCCAGCAGGCUAGCAGCCGAAGGCAGAAUCAGUUCGUACAUUCACGACUCGCGCAUUGGGGUACUAGUUGAAGUGAACUGUGAAACUGACUUUGUUGGUAGAAGUGAGAAAUUCAAGGAGUUGGUUGAUGAUCUUGCGAUGCAAAUCGUGGCCUGCCCACAGGUGCAGUAUGUAUCCAUUGAAGAUAUUCCGGAGGAAAUUGUGAAAAAGGAAAAGGAGAUUGAGAUGCAGAGAGAGGACCUAGCUUCAAAACCAGAGAACAUCAGAGAGAAAAUCGUCGAGGGAAGGGUUACGAAGAGGCUUGGGGAGCUCGCGCUUCUGGAGCAGCCUUUUAUUAAGGAUGACAGUGUCUUGGUGAAGGACUUGGUGAAGCAAAGUGUAGCUUCCAUUGGAGAGAACAUUAAAGUAAGACGUUUUGUUAAGUUCACUCUUGGGGAGAGUGCUGAAAAUGAAACAAAACCAGAACCAGAGGCAUAGAAUGAAGAGAAGUGCCAUAAAGCAAUGUAGCAAUUUACAAUAGCAUGUGAAGCUUGGUUUGCAUCAGGGUGAAACAAAUUUUGAAGAGAGCAAAUUUGUUUAUUCAUAAUAACCAAAUGUGCAAUCGGCAUGGACACAAUUUUCUUUUUACUGAUCUGUAUCUACAUUGAGAUACACGAGGACCAUAUAUUUUGUUAAUUAUGAGUUUGUAAGCUGAAAAUAUGAACUAGUUGAUGCAUUUCUCAAUUUUGAAUCAUCAGUUUCAAUACUGUCUGAUAUUCAAUAGUUCAUAAUCCAUACUUGUAAUGUUAAUGACCAUUUUAUCAAGGUUUUGAAAA